AUGGCGCCUCAUAAGACAGGAAAUCCCACUAUUGUACCCAUAGCCCCCAUAGCCUCCAUAACCAAAAAAGACAAGGAGGCCAUCGCUGUUAUAGGUUAUUCAUUUACUUUCCCUCAAGAUGCAGCGACAUCUGAUGAGUUUUGGAGAAUCCUGGUGGAGAAACGAAGCACUGCAACAUUAAUUCCUAAGGAAAGAAUGAAUGUAGAUUCAAUGUAUCACCCUGAUGUGCAGAGGCGAGGAACGUUUCCCGUCAAGCGAGGUCACUUUAUCAAAGGCGAUCUUGCUGGCUUUGACGCACCAUUCUUUGCAACAUCAAAAACAGACGCGAGUAGCAUGGAUCCACAGCAACGAUACUUGCUUGAAUCUACAUACAAAGCGCUAGAAAAUGCGGGCCUCCCCCUGGAAAACGUAUUUGGUACCAAAACAUCCGUGUAUUCCGGUAGUUUUUCAACAGAUUGGCAACAAUUACAAUGCAAAGAUCCGGAUGAAUUCCAAACAACAACUGCUCUUGGUGUGCAGCCAUGCUUUAACGCGAAUCGAGUCAGCUGGUUCUUCAAUUUCACUGGUAACAGCGCAAAUAUCGACACCGCAUGUUCAAGUAGUCUUGUUGGUUUAGACAUGAGCCUUCAAGGACUUCAGUCCGGUGAAGCAGAUAUGGGCAUUGUGACUGGGUCUAACAUGAUAAUGUCACCAGACAACAUGCACAGCUUGACAAACCUCAACAUGCUUUCCCCAGAUGGAGAAUGCUACAGCUUUGAUCAUCGUGCCAACGGAUAUAGUAGAGGCGAGGGGGUUGGUGUGCUAGUCCUGAAACGAGUCUCAGAUGCUAUAAGACAUGGGGAUACUAUCCGCGGUAUUAUUCGAAGCACAGGAUGCAACCAAGAUGGGCAUACCUCAAGUAUUACUCUGCCCAGUGCAAUUAUGCAGGAAACACUCAUCCGAGAAACCUACCAAAAGGCCGGGUUGAGUAUGAAGCCGACUCGUUUCUUCGAGGCCCAUGGUACUGGCACAGCUGUUGGGGACCCCAAUGAGUCAAAAGCUUUGGGCUCAGCAUUUAGAAAGUUCCGAAGCUCUCGUGAUCCUCUUUGGGUUGGUGCCGUCAAAAGCAAUAUUGGGCAUCUAGAAGGAGCUAGUGGCAUUGCUGGUGUCAUCAAAGCGCUAUUAGUUCUAGAAAAAGGAGUCAUCCCACCGAACAAUAACUUUGAAAAGGUCAAUCCAAUGAUAGACACUGACUUUUUGAAUAUUCGGUUCCCACGCGAAAGUAUGCCGUGGCCUGUGAAAGGCCUUCGUCGUGCCUCAGUUAAUUCAUUUGGUAAUGCAGGAACCAACUCGCACGUGAUUCUUGAUGAUGUCUACCACUUCUUGAGGGAAAAUGGUCUUUCCGCCAACCACGUCACAGUUGAAUAUCCAGAGCUCGAGACUGGCGACUCCCUUCACAGCAAAAUUCCGCUUGAUACAGAAAUCAGCGAUGCAGAAAUCAGUGAAACACCAAAGCUACUUUUCCUCUCCUCAAAUGACGACGCCGGAGUCCAAAGGCAGGCAAAAGCGUAUUCAGAGUACUUUUCGAAAAUCGACAGCGUGAAUGCAGCAUACCUUGAUAAUCUCUCUUAUACACUCUCAGUUCGACGCACUUCCUUCGACUGGAAGUCUUAUGCAGUGGUGAAUUCUGUCAACGAUUUGCAGAAUAUCGACUCGAUCAUGUCCCCAGCCACAAAAUCAAUCGAGAACCCAGCUGUUGGGCUCAUUUUCACUGGUCAGGGCGCCCAAUGGGCAGGAAUGGGGAAAGAGUUGAUGAAGCUCCCUGUCUUUCGCAACAGUUUAAGAAGGUCAGAGGAGACCCUACUAUCCAUCGGCUGCCAAUGGCUUUUGUGUGAGGAGAUUCUGGAGAAAGAUGGUACUAGAAUUAACUCACCUGAGAUUGCUCAGCCUGGCUGCACUGCUCUUCAAAUCGCCCUUUUGGAACUCCUAUAUUAUUUGGGAGUCACUCCUACUGUCGUUGUGGGUCAUUCCUCUGGAGAAAUCGGGGCAGCCUAUGCCACCGGGGCUAUAUCGGCUGAAUCCGCACUGAGGCUCGCCUACUAUAGAGGCUUACUAUCUACCAAUAUUACAGAGUCUACAUCGGGGGUCAAAGGAGGGAUGAUAUCAGUCGGUCUAUCUGAAGAGACAGUGAAACCUUUUAUCGAAAACAUUACAACUGAAUUUGGUGUUUCUGGCCUGACAGUUGCAUGCAUCAACAGCCCCAAAAAUGUAACCCUCUCCGGUGAUCUUGACCAAGUUGAUGCGAUCAAAAAUGUUCUUGACAAGAAAGGAAUAUUUGCCCGCAAACUGCUUGUGAGCAACGCAUACCACUCACCCCACAUGCUGGCAGCAGCAGAUGCCUAUCGCGAAGCAAUACAGAACCUUAAGCCAGGCCUUGCCACUCCAAAGCCAGUGGCUAUGGUUUCAUCAGUGACGGGAAUGCGAGUUGAGGCAGCCGAUCUCAUCAACCCAGAAUAUUGGAUGAGUAACAUGGUCUCACCUGUACGCUUUCUCGAUGCAAUUGAGACCAUAUUGUCUGUAUCUUCUCAAAGAUUCCGCAGAAAGCUUGACCUUAGUCAUCGAAAAUACUUCAAAAUCGAUAUUCUGGUUGAGGUUGGACCCCAUUCGGCUCUACAGGGUCCAUUAAAUGACACUCUACUCCGGCGAGCGGGGUCAAAAGUGAAAUAUGUUUCCAUGUUGCUUCGAAAUGAGAACGCAAUUAUAACCGCAUUCAAAGCUUUCGGGUUUCUGAAAUGCCUUGGGUACCCAGUGGAUCUUCUCAAAAUUAAUAAACUCAAGCCCCAUUUUGCUGAACAUUAUGUGUCACUAGCAACGUUACCGGAGUAUAUCUUUGAUCACUCUCAAAGAUACUGGGACGAGUCAAAGCUGUGUGCACAAUAUCGACUGGGAGGCCAGGCAAAACUUGCUCUGUUAGGAAGGCCAGUGAACGAUUGGAACCCACUCGAGCCCAGGUGGCGCAAUUUUCUCCGAGUCUCUGAGAUGCCAUGGAUAGAGGAUCAUUCUGUCAAUGGUGUGCUUAUUUAUCCAGGCGCGGGAAUGCUCGCAAUGGCAAUCGAAGCUGCAGCUCAACUCACAGUGGAGGCAGAAGACAUACUUGGAUUUGAUAUAACAGAAGUUUUCUUCAGGAAGCCUCUCAAAAUUUCUUCAGAUGCUAUGGGAGUGGACACAAAUCUAGUCAUUCAUCUACCUCCCGCAUCCAAGCGCCCACUUAACAACAAAGCGGAGUUCCGAGUUUUCUCAUAUCAAGAUGAUGGCUGGCAAGAGAAUUGCUAUGGUUUGAUUCAGGCAAGAUAUCGUGAGGUUCACAAUGAGGUUGAGUGUAGAGACUCGCAGCAUGAGAGGCUGAACUCAUUUCGUCAAACUUCACUCUCAAUGAAAGAAUCAUGUACAACAUCGCUCGAGCCUGGAAAGUUUUACUCAGCGACUCAAGAAAGCGGACUUGGACUUGGACCAUCCUUUCAUCUUGUGACCAAGGGCAGCUUUAACGAAGGACGAGUCUCCGGUACGAUCCAGCCCUUUAUCUGGCCCAAUGAUCAAUUCCCAGAAGCCCAUGUCAUUCACCCCACCACCCUAGAUGCUAUAUUGCAUAUGGGAUUUGCAGCGAUGACAAAAGGUGGAGACGUCACGACAUCUACGAUGAUUCCAACAUUCAUUCGAAGCAUAUUUGUCAGUAAGAAUGGACUUAGCUGUUUUGAUACAUCCGAAAUCAGGCACAAUGCUUGGCUUCAAGAGAAACCUCGAGGUGCCGAUGUCAGCGGCUUUGCUUUAAACGUGGCUGAAGAUUCCCUUCUUGUGCAUUUUGAAGACAUGAGGUUGACUACUGUGGCGGAAAAUAUCGAUGUUGUUUCUGCCAGGGGAUCAGACACCCCACAACCAGCUUACCGUAUUGAAUACAAACCCGACCCGGACUUUCUCGAUUCUGAAAAGCUGAAUAUCCUCUACAAGGGUUGUCAAAACUAUCAAUCAUCGCUGGAGCAUUAUCUCGACCUGCUCGCUCAUAAAAAUGGUGGCCUCCAUAUAUUAGAGAUUGAGCCAGAAAACCUCGAACGCACAGCUCGCUUGAUCCGCACGUUGUCAAUAUUCGACAAAUACACUAGUAAAAUUGUGCACCGAAAAUACUCAUCUUUCUGCCUUGGGACUAGAGACGGUGAGUUAGUGAAUGGGGACAAGCAAGAAUUUCCGAGUGACGAAAUUACUACCGUCGCGCCUCUCGACAUCGGCAGGGAUCCAGGUGAACAGGGGGUCGACGGCCCCUUUGAUGUUAUUCUGGCUCCCCAUGCAGUUCAAUUCAGCGAGGAUGCCCUGUUGAACAUCAAAAAAAUCAUCUCGCCGUAUGGAAAAUUGGUUCUACUUGACAAAAUAGACCAGGACUAUCAUGUUACGGAACAACCGAGGAGUACCAUCACGGAGUGCGGCUUCGCGUCCGCAAACCUAUCCCUUGCUCUGCCAACUGUUGCGCAAAUUUACACAAAUGUUGGCAAUUCAGAACUCACAAGUACAGCGAAAAAUUUGUUUUUUGUGCUGGACUCAGAUUCGGCAUUACAAAAACAAACCUUUCAUACACUGGCAGCUCUCUGGAAGUAUACGAGCUCGGAAAACGUCAGCUCUGGAAGUUUGCAAGAUGCGUUGGCUCUUAACAAUGCGGAGAAAACGAUAUUUAUCGUUUUAUUCGAACUGGACCAUCCCUUUAUUCACUCACUGGAGGAACAUGCUUUCCAGUUAGUCAGACAGCUUUUACAGACAUCUCGAGAUGUUCUUUGGGUGACCUCUGAUGGGGAAUCCGUCCCCGGAAACCCAGAAUAUGCAAUUAUUCAGGGGUUGACGCGUGUUCUUCGCAACGAGUAUUCUUACUUGAACAUUACUGUUGCUACGCUCAAAAUUCGGGAGAGAAUUUCCGAACCACAGGAAAAACAUUUGACUCAACUUUUCGUCGACAGGCAUCUUGAUCCAAAACCAUGGAUCCUAGAUACAGAGUUCCGCGAGAUAGAGGAUUGUUUGCAGAUUGCUCGUGUUGCCCAGGAUACACAGCUAAGCCAUGACCUAUACAAGAGGGCCAAACCACAGGCCUCAUGUAGAGCUCUGAUUCGAGAUCUCCCUCCUUUGUCUCUCGCUUGCCAGUCCUUUGGCAACAUUGACACUCUGCACUUUGCAGAAGACAAGACUUCUUCUUUGCCUCUAACCAAUCACGAAGUGGAGAUUCAGACUCAAGCUAUUGGUGUUAGCAACAGAGAUAACCUUAUUGUGCAAGGAAAAGAACAAGAUGUUCCAUUAGGGCUCGAGUGUGCUGGAAUAGUUACCAGGGUGGGUACUGAUACGACAUUCCAACCUGGUGAUAGGGUCAUGUUGGCCGCGUCCGGAUCAUUCAAAACACUUGUCCGUGGAGAAAUAGCAGUUCGAAUCCCAGAAAACAUAUCUCUGUCUACCGCAGCAGCAAUUCCCGCGGACUUUGGAUCAGCAUGGGCAAUCUUACAUCGAAUUGCCGGACUAGAAGAAGGUGAAUCCGUUCUGAUUCAUUCUGCAGCCAAUGGCACAGGGCAGGCGGCAAUCCAGAUUGCGCAGCUAUUGGGCGCACAGAUUUUUGCGACCGUAGCAUCCACUGAAGAGAAGGCUCUCUUAAUGGACAAUUAUAGUCUCCCAGAAGAGCACAUCUUUUACAGCCGUGGUCACGGCUUCGUGACUGGAGUUUUGGGUAUCACGAAUGGACACGGUGUCGAUGUCAUUAUAAAUUCACUUGCUGAUGAUGGGUUCGUGGCGUCGUGGAAAUGUAUCGCAUCGCAUGGCCGUUUCAUUGAGACUGGAAUACAAAGCAACGCGUCAAAUGGGUUGAUUCCAUCGUUCGGUAUCAAGAAGAACGUGACUUUCAUUGUGUUCAAUGUCCAUCACACUGUCACAGAGCGUCCAGCUGUUUUCCGUCGAGACCUUGAAAAAGUCAUGGGCUUGUUUGCGCAAAGAAAGCUUCACUCUAACCCUAAUAUACGCACUUGCGAUAUCUCAAAGGUCAAGGAUGUCUUUGAAAAAGUUCAAAAAGGCAACGACAGUGAUAAACAUGUGCUCAGUGUUUCCUCCGAGUCCGAAGUUCAGGCAAUUAUCGACAACAGACCGAGCUUCCGAAUGAAGAACUAUGAAACAUUUGUCAUAGCAGGCGGUCUUGGAGGAAUUGGCCGCGCGUCGGCUCGGUGGAUGGCUGCCCGUGGUGCAAGGAAUCUGGUCUUGCUCUCCCGUCUCGGCCCUCGCAAUGAGUCCGGUAUCCAGCUAAUAGAAGAGCUCAAGACUAUGGGAGUUCGUGUUGAGACUCCUGCUUGUGAUAUCACUGAUAUUCAUGCGAUGCGUGUUGUCUUCGAGAAGUUAACAGCAGGAAUGCCACCAAUUAAAGGUGUUAUCCAAGCAUCAAUUGUUGCAAGAGACUGUCUUUUCGAUGAUUUGAAGUUUCCCGAUUGGAAGGUAGCGAUGGAGUGCAAAACUGUUGGCUCAUGGAAUCUCCACACAGUCUUACCUAAGGGCAUGGACUUCUUUAUUCUUUUGGCAUCCGCAUCCGGUCUUGCAGGCAUCAAAGGUCAAGCAAACUAUAACGCAGGAAAUGUGUAUGAAGAUGCGAUGGCCCGUUAUCGGGUUUCUAUUGGAGAGAAAGCUGUUUCCUUCGACCUAGGUGCUAUGGCAGACGACGGAAUCUUGGCUGAAGACAAAGAACUUCUCAGUCGUGUCCAUGGCUACGGUACAUUGGAUGUUAUCAGAAGGGAGACAUAUCACGGGCUUUUGGACUACUAUUGUAACCCUGAGCUUCCUAUUUUAGCUCCUGAUGAGGCACAGAUAGCCUUUGGUCUAGGAACUGGUGGUGGCGAUGCACUUGAGAGUUUGGACUACUCCCGACAGCCAAUUCUGCAACCGCUCUUCCUGGAGGGCGAGAGAAAAACGGCAAAAACAGCGGCUGGCAACGAAACCGGCGCAAAGAGCCGAGAUCAAUUUGCAGCAUCGGAGUCACUUGAAAAUGCGGCAAAUAUAUUUGCUGAGGCCGCUAUUGAGAAGCUUGGAAAAUCCCUGGCUGUGAUGCAAGAUGGGGCAUCUGUUGAUCACCACAAACCUUUGCAAGGGUAUGGAGUUGACUCUCUACUUGCUAUUGAGCUUCGCAAUUGGAUCUUUAAGGAUUUCAAUGCGGAUGUGGCCGUUUUUGAGGUUCAAGGAUCCUCAACACUUGGAACACUCAGUAUGUUGGUUGCGGGAAGAAGUACCAUUCAACACGAAAAAUGGUCGAUAAUGGAGUAG